CUCCCUGCCUCUCUCCCACCAUCCAGUUCGAAGCAUCGCUGAGCUGCCAUCUGGACGCUCGUAACCAGACGGCAUCGUCCUGCCGGGGGACGAGGACGCAUCACGCGCCCAUCUCACACACAAUCCUUCCCUUCUAUUUCCCAGCCUCGCUGCAUAUCCCUUCCAGCGCCGUCGCGCGGGGGCGAAGUCUGUGAUUCGGAAAUGAACUUGGCGGUUCCCCCCAGUGCCGUUCUCACCCUUCUGCGCGAAGCUUCUCGAUGAGCGUCGCCGCUUGAGACGAGGGAUCCGGCUGCGGACGUCUGCACUCCCACCGCAUUGAAGAACUAUUAAGUUGACUACAUCAGAGACUUCUCAGAUUCCAUGAGCAUAAUCUCGCUCGUGACUGCGCAGACGACUACCCAUGUUUCUUUGCUGCCGGCCAAUCUGGAUCUGGCAGCUUCCUCCCCACAUGCUUCUGCGCGUCCGUCCCAUCCCCGGCCUUUCUCCAGGGAAUGAAAGAUGGAAUUUCUGCAGCGCGUCUUCGAUCUUCAAAAAGCAGCACAGUCCGGCUUCGAUUCCCAGCCUGAUUCGCGGAGCCUCUUUCGCGCAGGAUGUGGUCGUCCUCUGUGCUGGUCUGUGCAGCAGCUGCCGCCGUCGCCCAACUCCGCGCCGUGUCCGCGCAAGCCGACCCUGCGCAGUUCGUCGACACGCUCAUCGGGACGUCGAAUGGGGGGCAUGUGUUUGCGGGUGCGACGCUUCCGUGGGGCUCCGUCAAGGCCGGCGCCGACAGCAACUCGACCGAUAAGCAGGGUGGGUAUGUCAGCGAUGGGUCACCCAUCACAGGCAUCUCGCAACUACACGACGACGGGACCGGUGGCGGCGCAUCGCUGGGCAACUUCCCACUGCUGCCUCUGACCGAUACCCAAUGCGGUUCAGAUCUCAAGAAGUGCACGGUGGACCAGGUCGGUCGAGCCAUGGCUCACGGAACACCGAACACGUCCCCGGGAUACUUCAGCAUCCCUCUGAACAACAGCGUCCUGGCCGAAGUGACGGUCACCGAGCAUGUCGCCGUGCACCGCUUCACCUAUCCAGCAGGCACGAAACAGAUGGUUCUCAUCGUCGAUGCGACGAACGACUUGGCUGGGACAUACGAAAACGUCGGGUCCACCGCAUUGAGAAUUAAUCCUACCACCAAGGGCACCCAGAUCUCCGGCACAGGCGCUUACCAGCCGUCUUUCGGAGAGUCGACGUUCCAAGUGCACUACUGUUUCGACUCUCCUGUCCCCUUCGACACUGCACAGUUUUAUCAGAACGUUAGCGGGAAGCUCCACUACCGAGCUCUGUCGAAGAAGGCCAGUUUUGCGCAAGAUAUCGGGGCCCAAAGUCCAGCUGGCUUUCUGUUGGGCUUCGACACGCCUUCAAGGAAUGUCAGCAGUACGCUGGUUGUCCGGAUGGGUAUCUCGUGGACGAGCCCCGAGAAGGCCUGUCAGUUCGCUGCAGCUGAGGUUCCCGCGAUCACUUCUGCGAGCUUCGACAGCGUGAAAACGGCGGCACGUGCGAAGUGGAACGAGGUGUUCAGCACUGUCCAAUUGGAUACCACGAAUGUCCCGCACGACACGCAAGUCUUGUUCUGGAGCUCGCUGUACCGCACGUACAUCUCUCCGACCAACAUCACAGGUGACAACCCGCUGUGGGUCUCGAAUGAGCCGUACUAUGACAGUUUCUACUGCAUCUGGGAUUCAUUCCGUGUUGUGCACCCCCUCUAUGCGAUCACAGCUCCCAAAACGCAGACUGAAGUCGUUCGAGCGCUGAUCGACAUCUAUCGACACACAGGCUGGCUUCCGGACUGCCGCAUGUCGCUCGACAAGGGCUUCUUGCAGGGUGGCUCCAAUGCCGACUCACUUCUUGCCGACUCGUUCCUCAAGGGGAUCAAGGCGGGGAUCGACUGGGAGACGGGAUACAAGGCCAUGGUCAAGGAUGCCACCGUCCCCGGCGAUUUCAGCGUGCAAGGCCGCGGCGGAAUCGCGGCACGUGCCGCUCUGGGCUUCAUCCCCGUCAACGACACGUCCGAUAACCCGCCGAACGAGGGCCCCAACACCAGAAGCGCCUCGCGACUGCUGGAAUAUGCGUACAACGACUUCGGGAUCGGACUCGUCGCGCAGGGGCUCGGCAAGACAGGCGACCAACAGAAGUACUUUGCGAAGUCGGGCGAUUGGUUUAACAUCUGGAACCCGAAUGCCACGAACACAGGGUUCCAUGGAUUCAUCCAGCCUCGAACGAAGAAUGGCUCGUGGUACUUUGACCCGCGGUGGGAUGUCGGCGAUGUUUUCCGUCCGGACCACUGCAGUCCAUCCUUUGGUCCGAAUGAUUGUUUCUUGAAUCCCGACGGCGGAGAGUUUUACGAGGCUUCUUCCUGGGAGUAUAGCUGGUUUGUGCCCCAGGACAUGGCCAAACUAAUCAAAGCAAUGGGUGGUCCUCAGACUGCCAGCGCGCGGCUCGAUGCGUAUUUCGCCAAUAACUUUGGAUCGAUCGGAGACGAACCCGGAUUCUUGCCUACGUAUCUCUACAACUACUUUGGCCAGCCGACGAAAACAGUGGACCGGGUAGCCGAAACUUUGUCUCAAAACUUCAGCACGGCGGUCGACGGGCUACCUGGCAACGAUGAUUCAGGGGCGAUGGGCGCCUACGCAGUGUGGAGUCUUCUCGGAUUCUACCCUGUGGCGGGCCAGGACACGUAUCUGCUCAGCCGACCGCACUUCCCGCAAACGAAGAUCCGAAACCAACUGACCGGCAACGUCGCGACGAUCACCGCGCAGGGUCUGAGUGCGACGAAUAUCUACAUCCAGUCGGCGACGCUGAACGGGAAGAGCUAUACCAAGAACUGGAUCUCCCACCAGCUGUUCUUGGACGGCGGGGAGUUGAUUCUGGUCAUGGGAGCGUCGAAAGAUAGCACUUGGGGAACGGGCCAACAGGAUCUGCCCAUGAGUUUGAGCACAGGGGGAUUUGUUUGAUAUCUUUCCUCAGGGCUGUUAUCGCGAGUGAAAUUCUGUAUAAAACAACAAGUGUAUACUGCUUCAUUCUGGUAUCUCACAGCCUGGUAAGUAUUUGGGCAAGCUGAAAGCCGGUUCGACGGUAAAAGAGUUCGAUCCACAACUCGUGCAAACACGAAAUGUCUUCCCGAUCCACCAAGGACAAAAUCCGCAUCAACGAUCUCUUCCUCACAGUCCCUCUCCUCACCGGGGCAGUCUGGCCUAAGCCCGCCGGUGAGGCUGCACUGCAGCCGCUCCUCGUCUCGCUCUCCAUCACACAUGACAUCUCCACCGCAGCGACGCACGACGAUUUGAAGACGACGAUCAAUUACUCGCACCUGUGCAAGAUCCUCCGCGGGGCGCUGAACGAGCAGACGGCGGCGUUCGAGACGCUGGCAGCUGUUCUCGAUCGGAUACUGGACCUGCUGUUUGGCUCGGGGAUGGUCGUGGAGGUGGAGGCCUCGGUUGUGCAGACGCGGGCUCCGCUGAACUGCCGGUCCAUCGCCGUUGGAGCCCUGGCCAAGUCCAAAUCCGCUGGCUGGGAGAUCCUGCGUUUAAGACAUUACGUGAACGACCUGCAGUGUCUUGCGAUCAUCGGCGUCAAUGCUUGUGAGCGGGAGGAGCGGCAGACUGUGUGCGUCAAUGUCACGAUAGAACAUGCAAGCACUGUCCACUUUCGCGCGCUGACGCGGCACUUGCAUCAAGUACGUGGUGCUAUUCACUGGACCCCCGAUGCAGGUGUAUAACCCGGAUAGAUAGACGGUCGUCGCGUCCUCUUAUCUCACACUGGAAGCGCUCACAUUGCACAUCGCUGAGAACACAUUACAAAACCUCGAUCGGAAGACCUCUCCUGUUGUGACCGUCAGGGCUGCCAAACCCUGCGCCAUUGUGUUCGCGGGCUCGUCGGAAAUCGAGGUGUCUCGAUCCCACGCUGAUUUUCCGCAGAGAUUCGACGAGCAGCCGCUCAAGGUCGCUAUCGCUCUAGGCUCGAACCUCGGUGAUCGAUUCCAGAACAUCGAACACGCGCUCCGUUUGCUCGAAUCUCCCGAGACGCCCGAUUCUACUGUCGCGGUGGUCGACACCAGCUUUAUGUACGAAACGGCGCCGAUGUAUGUGACGGACCAGCCGUCGUUCAUCAACUGUGCUUGUCUGAUCGAAACAAACAUGCAGCCUCUGCAGCUGCUGCAACACCUCAAACGGAUUGAGCAUCUGGUGGGCCGGGUGCCGUCCAUCCGGAAUGGGCCCCGGGCGGUCGAUCUUGACAUCGUGCUGUACGGCGAUCUCGUGAUCGACACACGCAAAAGUCCUCGCAAAGAAUUGGACGAUCUGGAGGGCGAAUUGGUGGUCCCGCAUCCCCGGUUAGGAGAGCGGGAGUUUAUGCUCCGGCCUUUGAACGACAUGAUCCCCGACUUGCUGCACCCCGUUUCGCACCAGACUAUCGGCCAGUUACUCUCUGCCUUGCCAAAAAGCUCUGAGCCAAUGAUCAAAGUGCUUCCCUAUCCUGUUUGUCGCGGUACCCCCGCCCAGUCUGCACCGACUUCGUUGAAGCACUGGGCAUUGGCGGGCAAAACGUAUCUGAUGGCAACGCUGAACACGACACCCGACUCCUUCUCCGAUGGUGCGACGCACAACACGCUGCCGACUGCGUUGCAAUAUGCCCGAGAUGCAGUCGCCGCUGGUGCCGACAUUCUGGACGUGGGAGGAUACUCGACCCGACCCGGGGCUGCGCACAUCGAUUCCGAGGAAGAGAUCGCACGAGUGGCGCCGUUCGUGUCCGCCGUGCGGGCUGACCACCCGGAUCUCCUGAUGAGCGUCGACACGUUCCGGCCGGAGGUCGCGCGGGCAGCUCUCGAAGCGGGUGCGAACUGCAUCAACGAUGUUUACGCGUUUACAGGCCCGGAUGCCGCUCCAGAUGCUCGGUGUAUGGAGCAGAUGAAGGCGCUUUCCCGGGCAUAUGCAGUUCCCGUGGUGCUGAUGCACUCUCGAGGAGAAGCAUCUGGUAACAAAGACUAUUCGGCGUACGACUACGCUGGGAAAGACAGUGCCGUGGUCGAGGGCAUCCGCGUCGAGCUGGGUGCCAAGAUAGACGCGAUCGUGAAAGGAAAGGGAGGCGUUCGGCGCUGGCUUGUGAUUGCGGAUCCAGGAGUUGGGUUCAGCAAGACGGUCGAUGGAAACUUGCAGGUCCUGAGGAAGGUGUCUGAUGUCACGGAGGAAAAGACAGCGCAAGGGCACCGGAAUCCUCUACAUGGACUACCGCAACUUAUCGGUACAUCCAGGAAGUCGUUCUUGGGACUCAUUCUGGAAAAGGCUAGGGGAAGGAAAACGGAACCAACAGAGCGAGCAUGGGCGACCGCUGCCGCUGUCGCAUGUGCAGUGCAGCAAGGCGCCGCCAUUGUCCGUGUCCAUGACGUUCAAGAGAUGCGAGACGUGCUGGAUAUCUCCGACGCACUGUGGGCUCGAUGAAAUUUACAUGACAAAGUCCGGUUUCUCGCCCAAAGACCCUAGAAUAUCUCCGAUGUAGUUCGUAGGCUUAAUCCCCUGCUCAAAUGUCGCAUCCCAGCCAUCCAGAAUACCCUGCACGACCUUGAGACCCGCCAAACGUAAGUUGGCGGUGGCAGGCCGCAUGGCCACGAGCGGAGCGAAGAGGUUGUCCGCAGAGCUGCCACCAGGGGGCGGGCGGUCGAAAUCAGAGCCAGAGCGCAUGAUCAAUAUCCUCCCAAAGUCCACCCAUCCAGCCAACGCACCGCGCAGCAUCGCGGCCAGGAUAGCGUUGUCCUCCUGCUGCGUGGAGCAGUACGAGCCUAGCCCGUUCGUUAAGACCCGCGUCGUGUUCUCAAACGCUGCCGCCAGGAGCGUGCCGCUCCAAAACGUAUCCGAUGUCAGCGUGUCGCAGAACACGACCGCUGGCGGGGCAGCGCCCGCCGCAAACGCGGGCUCAGUCGCAUACGGGGCGCGCAGAUCCACGCAGUCCUGCGUAUCCACGAGCGAUGCGGACGCAGCCAUGCGCGCCGCAGCCCGCCGCAAGGCAUCGUUCACCUCGAACACCUCCGUGCCGUCGACCCAGCCGGGGUACUCCCCCGGGCGCGUCGUCCCGAGCGCGAGGUACCCCGAGGCGAACCCAGGCGGCGUCUCGCGUGCAUCGAGCUCGUGCUGCAGCCCGCUCUGGAUCGCGAACCGCGCAAACGCGACGCCUCCGACGGUGCCGUGGCGCGGGUUCAUCCCUGCGACGCCGGAGACGAUGAAGUACGUUGAGGUCAGGUCGAAGUGCGCGUGCGCGUGCAGCAGGGAGAGCACGGAUGCGGCAGCGUUGAUCUCCGCCUGGCCGGUGAUGAGCUGGCAGACCUGCCCGUCGGCGGUGCAGUGCACGUCCGGGAAGAGCGGGAAGAGGCCGGGUAUUGUGAUAUUGCGUGCAAGGAUGUCGAAUUCUGGGAUGGCGUGCCAUUCGGCGGCCUCGCGGAGAAACAUGUUGAUGAUGAAAACGCGGGGCUUUAGAGGCGCAUUGGACUCGACUGGUCGCAGGGUAUCGAGUGCGAAGAGGGUGGUCAGGAAGGAGGGCCAGAGCAGCAUCGCGAAGCUGGUGGUAAUGAGAUAAGGAGGACGCGGCCACGUGCCAGGCUCAUGUGAUCCAAA